GUCGUCCAGGAGGGUCGACAAGGCAAAGAACCUGAAGACCACCCAAAAGGGUACCUAAGUGGGGCCCUUUCAGGGACUUGGGGCGUAGGAGUUGAACUUCCUCUCUUUUUAGAAGAAUGGAUUUCUCGGAGUCCGAAAAAUUUAUGGUUCUUCUCUGGAAGAAUUUUAUUUUAAAGAGGCGGCGAUGUAUUGCUUUAGUUGUGGAAAUGGUCCUCACAUUUCUGUUUAGUGCUGCACUUUUGGCAACACGCUCUGUUAUUACUAUAAAGAACGGACCUUUCGAUUUUGCUGCUCAGCCUGUCGAUGAAGUGCCUUUCUACAUCACAGCUUCCUUAAUUUCUCCUUCUCCAUUGGAAUUGGCUUACGUGCCUUCCAGAAGUACUGUGGUUCAGGGUAUUAUUGAAAGGGUGAAAAUGGAUUUAAACCCUCAAAUGAAAGGUGUGGGAUACCACAUUGUCAUGGUGAAGACACCUGACUGUAAUGUCGAAGAAAUCUCAAAAUUAAUUCAUUAUUAUAUACCGACAGCCACUUUGGAAAACAAUGUUGGAACUGAGUUAUCAUUUAUUCUACCCAAAAUGUAUGUACACAGUUUUCAAGUGCUGUUUACUGCUCUGGAACAAGAACAAGAAAACCUGGGCAUUGCUAGCUUUGGUGCCUCUGUCACUACCAUGGAAGAAGUCUUCUUAAAGGUCGGUUACAUGGAAGAGUCACAAACCGAUCACGAGGCUAUGCAGUCUUCCUCCCAAAUGGGCCAAGCCUCCAACAGGAACCAGAAUAAGAACAUAUCAAGAAAUGUUGAGGGAGCAGAUCCUCCCACCCUGAAUGAAAGCCCUACUAUUAACUUUAAUACCGGGUGUUCUCUCUACAGCCAGCAGUUCCGUGCCAUGUUCAUAAAGAGGGUGAUGUUCAACUGGCGCAACUGGAAACUGCUUUUUUUACAGAUACUGGGACUCAUAGGCUCUCUCGCCUUUCUCUUAAGAUCUAGUAACACUUCUUCACAGGAUGAAAUUAUUAGGCAAAUGGAUUUGAGUCAAUAUGGUCAAACCAUUGUGUCCUUUUCUAUUUCCGGGAAUUCUGAUUUGACUGCAAAUAUCUCAAAACACCUUGAGGGUAUGCUCAAGUCUGACAAUCAAAUACCUCAGGAAGUACAAGGUGACCUACUGAGGUACUUGAGAGAAGAAAAAGAUUGUAUUAAUUUAUGUAUCAUUGCACUUUCUAUUGAGUUGAAGGCAAAUAUGAUAAUGCUUACUGCUCUGUUCAACAAUGAAGCAUAUCAUUCACCAUCUGUGGCCCUGGCAAUGUUAGACAACAUUCUUUUCAAGUCACUUUCUGGUGCCAAUGCUUCCUUAACAGUCUCCAAUAAACCUCAGCCACCCCCUGAUGUUAAAGACAAUGAAGAGCCUGAAAAUGGACAACAAUUGGCCUUAAGUUUACAAUUUGGCAUGGCUCUUUUGAUCAGUGGUUUUUGUCUCCUGACAGUGACUGAGAGAACCACUAAGGCGAAGCAUAUCCAGUUUGUGAGUGGUGUCUCUGUCAUUGUGUACUGGCUUUCUGCCCUAUUGUGGGAUUUCAUCAUCUUCUUUGCUUCCUGCUGCUUAGUAAUGGGAGUGAUAAAAUACUGCAAAUUUGAUAUUUAUGUCACAGAUUACCACAUUCUGGAAACUAUGCUGAUCUUCACGCUGUAUGGCUGGUCUGCCAUUCCCUUUGUGUACCUGAUAAGCUUUGUGUUUUCUGGAAGUACUUCUGCCUUCAUCAAACUUCUCCUACUCAACUACUUUUCAGGCACUUUUGGUUUCCUCAUAGGCGAGACAUUAGAAGACAGUAAUUGUGAAGUUUCACAAAAUUUCCCCUUCUCCGGAAGGCAGCAGUAAAUAAGUAAGAAGUAAUGUACCUACAGAUAUUUAAGAACAUUUGCAGACAACUAAGUUCUAGGUUUUAGAGGAAAUUCUGUACUUCAUAUACAGCAAUAAACUUAUUUUGACUGCC